GUUAAACCACAACGCGGUCCUUCGUUGCCUCACCGGCUCAUCGUUCGCAGCUCUUUCGAGAUGUUUUCCUACCUAACUCCGCGACGCCUCCUCUCUUCGUCCGCCUCCUCCGCGGCCGCCGACUUCUGGCGCCUCCUCCGAUCUAACUACGGCCGACCUUCCCUCGAUCGAAUCCUCUCCCUGUCCCCCUCCAGGACCCAUCUCACAGCUUCCGUCGUCGAAUCUGUCCUCCGCCAGUCCGCCGCCGCUCCCGAUGACGACGACCGCUCACAGGCUCUCAGAUUUUUUGUCUGGGCAGGCCUCCAGCCCCGUCUCCGUCACUCCACCGCGGCCUACGCUGCGGCAUCUGACGCCCUCCUCCUCCAUCGCCGCCCCCACUGCCUAUCUCAACUCCUUGACUCCUACCGCGUCGAUGCCUCGCCCGUCUGCACCAAAACCUUUAAUAUCCUCCUCAACCUCUGCCGUCAUGCAAACCUGCCCGACGAGGCCGUCGCCCUACUCCGCAGAAUGCCGGAGUUCGAUUGCCGUCCAGAUACUUCAUCUUACAACGCCGCCAUUCGCCUCCUGGGGGAUUCCGGCCGUGGUGCCACCGUCGCGGCUCUAUUGAAGGAGAUGGAAAUGGACGGCUUGAUCCCGGACAUGGUUACCUACGUCUCGGCGGUGCGAGCGCUGUCCGCCUCCGGCCAGAUUGAAGUUGCCCGUUCUCUCCUCGGCCAAAUGCGAUCUUCUGGAUGCGUGCCUAAUGUUGUAGUAUACUCGGCGCUUCUCGACGGCGCUUGCGCCCACCGCAAUCUGCAGUCUGCAAUCGAGAUAUUGGGGGAGAUGGAAAACACUUCUUCUUGCGCACCUAAUGCGGUGUCCUAUACAUGUUUGAUAAAAUGCCUCUGUGAGAAUGGUCAGCUAGACGAAGCAUUGGGCAUAUUCGACCGGAUGGAGAAGAGAGGCUGUUCGCCAAACCAAACCACAGUUCGGACUUUGGUCGAUGGCUUUUGUGCCCGGGAACAUCUGGUCGGAGCUCAGGAACUGGUUGACAGGGUUUCCUCAGAAGGAAAGGUUUCGACCGAAGACUGUUACAGCGUGUUCGUAGUGUGCCUGUUGAGAAUCAAGGACGUAGAGCGAGCGGAGAAGGUGCUUUGGGGGAUGCUGGAGAAAGGUGUUCGACCAAAUGCAAUGGCAUGCAAUUCUCUGAUGAGGGAGCUCUGCGGGCAAAUGCGGUUCCCUGAUGCAUAUAAUUGGCUUCUCAGGAUGGAGGAUAAGGGGUUAGACUGCAUUGAUUCUGACGUAUACUCUUCGCUUCUACAAGGUGUUUGUCACGAAGGGCAUUUGGUGGAGGCUGUCAGGGUGGGAGCAAAAGUGGUAGAGAAGGAGAUUUGUUUGCAGGAAGACUCUGCCGAUUCCAUCGUUAAGGUGUUUGAUAGGUACGGUGAGCAUGCUCUGGCAGCACAGAUCAUGAGGCUGAAACAGCCACGAAAUGAUUGUCAUUAGCCUUGUGGAUCAUGAGACGAGUGUUCUCCUAUUCCUCGUCCACUCUUACGAGUGGCAGACGAGUGCAGACACAAUUUUGUUAUAUUUUUAAUGUUGUCAAUCAGUUCAGUUUUUUGAGUUAAAAACUACAAUCAUAACUUGCAGCAGUUAAGAAAAUGGCACACUAUUCAUGGCCAUUCACAACUCAAAUCUUACAAC